AUGCCAUUGUCUGUCCCGCCCCUGUCCCCAUCCGCGAAACGUCGAAAGCCUCUGCAUGACAGAAGUGCGUCUCAUACCAACGAACUGCCUCCUUCUCCAACAUUGCGCCUCGUUAUGGAGAAGGACUCCGACGACGACGCUAAUCUCUAUACGACGGAUCCUUAUCCCACCAAGCCGGAACACAUUCUCCUGCCCACGCCGAGCAAUAACCGACUCUCCGGGCCUCUGACUUCCAACCCUGUUUCAUCUCUGUUCCAUCGCGACCAAGCCCGCGACUCGUCCGCCAGUACGGACUUUGUCAGUCAAAUCUUCCCUGAUGACCCUGGGGAGAGCGUCUCAGAACUAUCCACUUUAGUGCAAGAGGGGAAUCUCUCGAGCUUCAUCUGGGGCGGGAGUGAAAAUUCAAGCAAUACCUCUGUUCCGCCUCUAGUAUCGCCUGUAAUUGAUGAAGGAGAUAGUGUGGGUAGCGAGAAAUCCGAUGGCGGUGACCGAACGCCUCUACCGCCGCUUCGCACCACUAUCAAGAGUGUUCCUCAGGGGAUCUCCACGCCUGACCUGUCAGAUUCGGAUUCCAGCAGUCCAAAUGUAGUUGAGCUGGGCCUCACGUCAAGCCCAAACGUUAUCCCCCUGAAUACCUCAUCUCCGAAUUUUAUGCCAAUUGCUCCUUCCACUCCAUAUUACGUCAAAGAAAGCUCCUCCGAUUCUUCCCUGUAUUCCGCUAAUACCUUUGGGACCGCACGGCGAUAUGUUCGUCCUCAACACCAAAAUCCUUCCUUUCUAGACCGCGAGAGCAGUCAAUCACAGUCGCUUCCUUCUAGCCCCCCAAGCGCAAUUCUGAGAUCGUACCGGUCUGCAUCAUCUCUUGCACUAUCGCGAGGAGGCUCAAUACAACGAUCGGCCUCUGCGUCUACUGGCAGUGGACAGUCGCCAAUCGCCGAAUGCGGUGUGUCUGUUAGAUACCCAGUCAUCCGCCAUCCUUCUGCUACACCGUCCGUUGUGGAGCCAUCGUCUUCCUUGCCUCCUCAGUCCUCUCGGCUGAGGAGGUUCCAGUUAAAUAGAAACCUCCAUUUGUCAGUUGUGCCCUCUGAAUACUCGGCGGAAAGAGAACUCAACAGCCAGAUUUCGCCCCUCGUUGAUCGAACAGAGUCGACACUACAAGCAAAAGAUAAUGCCACCGGUGGCCGUCAUUCCGAUUUCUCAAUCCGACUUGUGGCUCAGUCAGAGAGUGACGAAGGCGCCGACACACUUUCCCAGCUCCAUCCGUAUCCGUUGCGAACAAAACGAUCCGGCUCCUUAAGUAAUCACUCUAUGGUGUCUAGACUUGAUAGUUUUCGGUUAAUGAGCAGACCUGGUUCCAGCGCCAGUACCGUUCUCAACACGCUCCCCACAUGGGCGAAGGUCUACUAUCGGAGCGGCGAUCCUGCUUUUCAAUUUUCCGCCCUAUCCCUCGUAGAGGGUAGUCGCCCUUCAACAGCUGCGAGCGCCCGCCCCGCAAAUUUUGCGCCUCUCGAUAUCUCCCGCACACGUCGCCCAAGAAAAAAUACCGAUACCCGGCUGGCUCUUCCCGCAAUAGAUACUCGAGACCCUCGGAUUCAUUGGGUCGGCGGAUAUCAGCUGGCUGCAGACAAUCUUGCAAGGUCCCCUUCCCGAUCUCCAUCCCGGGAAGACCUUCCUCCCAAUUGGUCGCCGCAUUUAUACCCAGAUCAUCGUAUUGGCUCCUUCCAAAGAUCCAUUUGGAACCCCCCAUCGCUUGACGAAGCUGCAGAGGGAAUAGUCAGCUGGCGCAACGUUCAAAUCUACCUCUUCUGUUUGGGUUUUCUUCUGCCGCUCACCAGCACUAAUCAAAAUCAUGAAGCCUGGUUUGUCGCUGCAUUUCUUCCACUCCCCCCACGCAUUUACCCGGCUCAAUUCUCCACGGGCCAACCGGACGUUGAGCGGAAUUUCAACAAUCGAGUUAAGCAUAUAGACCAAAUUCGCUACGAGAAUGCUAGAUGGUGGCGAAGACUUAAUCGGUGCAUGACGCCUGUAGGACUUGUAAUUAUAGCUACAAUUGUGAGUGCCCCUCUUUCUCCAUGGCACCUAGGAUUCUAA